AUGGACUCUUUGUCCCAGCCCCCACCACCUACCGCGUCGUCAUCCUCAUCAUCCGAAUUUCGGGGAGAUAUGUUCAUCCAUCCACAGGUCCUGAAUGAUGAUCCAGAGCUGCAAAGAGCCCAUCUAAACUGUAGAUUUUUAGAACCGACUUAUAAUGCGGUGGGUUGUUCAGUCACCUCCGCUCCCGCCAGCAAGAGGCCAACCGAAAGUUUGUGGCCUAAUUCGGACAACAUAUCACCCAGGUACCUCAAUCCGGAGGAAUUUUUUACUGCCGUCGGACCCACGCGACGUACGGAACAUCCCAGAGACUCAGCCUGCCUUCAUGACUCGGGACGCAUUGGUCAGGUGGCAGUUCCAGGGCGGCCACCAGCUAGCUCCGAGGAAGUCCGAUUUGGGGCAUUGUCGUUGACUUCUGAUGCUAACACUAAUAGACGAUCUGCCCGUAUGACACCUGUGGAAAUCAACUCGCUUCAAAGAGGACACGUGACCGCUGACUGUUCAUUGACGCCAAUUGGAUAUCCUAAUUUUUCCGGAUGGCAUCAGUUCAGUUAUUUUACGAAUUCGGAUGGCGUAAACUCUGCUCUUCCAUCAGGAGGACCAUCGACGAAUGUAACCGAGAUCCCUCGCGAUGGUGGAACUUUGAAGCAGGAGUGGCCAUCACAGAAUCCCACUGACAGCUUCUACUCCGAAGAAGAGGAGGAAGAGAGGGGAGCGGACGAAGAGAGGGAGGACGACAAUUCCCAGGACACUACUUCCAGUGGAUCUGAGGUUUACGUUGGUACAGAGAAUGCUUACAGGAGCGAGUACAUGAAGAUGCCCAAUCUCCAGGCAAUGAGAAACAUUAGUACUUUACAGUCGGCCUAUAAUCAUGUACCGGGCCGGGCAAUCAGUUCGCUCAUACCUCCACUUCAAACCUACCCUGAACAGGGCCGGCUUGAUAAUUCCUUCUACUGA